AUGCGCCGACAACUCACCAAAAGAGCAUGUGAUGAGUGCAUAUCUCGCAAGGUGAAGUGUAGCGGCUCCAGGCCCUGCGAUACUUGCCUGAAGUCGUUCAAGGAGGCGGACUGCACGUACCUCAAGCCCCCGGGAAGGAGGGGACCAAAAGCCCGACGAUAUACCAACAAAGGCAGGCCCGCCAGUGAUGGAUCGAUUGGCGAUGCUCGUACGGAGGAAACUGCUGCAAGCACCCAGUCGGUCGAGAAUCGUCCGGUAAACCGUGCUGACGUCCACGUUGAUGCUGAGGGGGAUGACUCCCUGUCUGCAUCAGGCUGGAGAAAUGAGAUAUGCAUUCCCCAGUCGAUAUUGGUCUAUAUCGUGCGCCUGUACCAGACUUUCUCGUACAGUGUUUGGCCGGUGGUCCACGCAGAUGCGCUUUUGCAACAGCUGGAGAACGGCACCUGCGAUGCGCAGACACUUUGCUUAGUGCUGGCGCUGUGUGCCGCGACGAUGGCACAGUUGCAGCUUGCUCCCACCGCUGGCGAAAAUGCGCAGACGGUGGACAGUGGCCUGCUCAAAUUGGAGUGUAUGCGACUUCGGCAGCGGAGUGAUUACAGGGAGAACCUUGACGUCAGGGGUGUGCUUGUUUCGUUCUUUCUGCAUGUGUAUCAUGCAAAGAUUGACCAGCAGAAGUCGGCUAUGCUGUUUAUACAGGAGGCCAUCGCGGGCGCGAGAUUGUUAGGCUUGGACACGAACGAACGGAACGGUGUCGUUACGGAUGGCGUUGUUGUAAACGAGGAGAUUGUGUUUCUGUUGCUGUGGGUGUCUGAGAGAGGAUAUGCUAUGCAUCUUGGUGUGAGGCCUUCAUACACUGAUCCAGUCCAGCUUCCGGAUCCAGCACAUCUGGCAAUGAACCCUCACGCGCGGGGUUUACUCGAGCUUUUCAAUCUUUUUGUCACAUUCGACAAGAUCCAGGCACGACGAUGCCGUAGUGGCAGUUUGGCUCAAGCUUUAUCUGCAGCUAAUCUAGCUGAAACAGAAGCAGCACUAUCGCUACUAGCCUUCAACUCGUACGACCAGGCGUCCACACGGCUGGCGGACUGUUACAUCACCAGAGAAUGGAUGAGAACUAUUGUCUGGCAGGAAGCACUAUCUCGGCGUCUGCUAUCCUCGACCUCUACCACCGAGGUGAUGACCUUUCGAUUCCCUGUAGUUGUCGGUCGUGAUCUGUUAAUGUCCCUGCAAGGACUGUCUGCGACAGACUUGCUGCCUUUGGGGCGGGACCAGUGUUUUGAGGUUGCCAACUCUCUGGCAGAUACCAUCAUCUAUACUCCCCCAAGCUUGUUUUCGAACGCCCUUCAGGUCGGGCCUCAAGACUUCCUACACGCUUUGUACCAAAAGAUUCUGCCAUUUCUGGAGCAUGAUCCGAUGCUGAAAUCAAUUCUUCGUGCGAAAACAGCCGAGGCUUUGGUGAUGGCCCCUGCUCGUGUGAGUGUCGGGCUUGUUGCGAGGCUGAAUGUGGAAGAAAGGACUGUCUCAGAGCAAGCUGACAUUGAUCGAAGUAUCAUUCUUAUUCAGCAGCCAAAGAUGAGAACGAAUGACAAAGAUCACUCCGCAAUCUGGAGGACAAUUCGUCCUGAAAUCCCUGAAUGGCCGUACUCGGAUUUCUGGUUUGACCAUUCCCCGGCGGACCAACUCAACCGCUUCCAUACAUUCUUUGAGCGAACCAACCAGAUUGCCAGUGAUCCUGAGCCCUUUGAUGACAAUGGUGCAGAUGGGGGUCUCCAGCACAGGACGCCCUGGGGGAAUGCCGACGCAGCUCAGUGUGCCACCGACGCGCAGCAUGUCGCAUGCAUGGGCAAAAGCUUUUGCAUUGCCGGCUGUCACAACUACAGCGUGUGCCCCCAGUCCAGUGAUUUCGUGGACACGCUGCACAGGGUCGGUCGAUUUGAAGUCGAUGAACUGGACAGCACCAAGUCCGAGAACGAAGUCUCGUUUAUCUCCAGCGUCGACUCCGAUAACCAAUGCGCCAUGGGCUUUUGCGUAUUGAACUGA